AUGGGGCCGCAUCUACUCCGGCAUGCUUGUUCCAGUCGAGCAGUGACUCAAUGUCUUCGUUAUUCUUCUCGCACCCAGUCAACACUUGCAGAGCGCUUGCAUGAUGAUUUGACAACGCGCAGAAUCCCGCUAUUUUAUGACUACUUGCAACCACAGCCCUCGCAUCUACUCAAUCUCUCACUAUCUGACCUCCUCCCGAAGAUCGGAAAAACAGAAACCACAAUUGAUCCCACACUACCUUCGAUAUCGGAACCCUCGCCCAUCCCAGUCGGCCACCACCUCAUCUACUUCCCACCACAAGUGACUUUGUCGCAAUUGUUGCCCGACGGUACUGACAUCCUGCACACACCGGGCGAUCCAUUUCAUCGACGUCUAUGGGCAGGCGGCAACCUUCGAUUCCCCGGCCCGCCUCUCCUGCUUAACGGGCAAAGAGCUGUAUGCAUCGAGUCUAUUCGCAAUGUCAGCGUGAAAGGGCGCGAGGGCGAUGAAAAAGUGAUUGUUAGAAUUGAAAGACGCGUGGGCGCGGUACCGGAGAGCGAAGAUGAAGAAACCACUCGAGACCGUAUAUGGACUGGGGAUGAGGCACUCGCGGGCGAGGCAUCGGUCAUUGAGAACCGAGAUCUUAUCUUCAUGCGGGCGAAAAGCAAGCUUGAACUCGAGGCGGAUCAGGCGCUAUUUGAGAAGCCCGGUCGUAUAGUGAAAGCCCCAUCGGACGCGACUUUCCGGCAUUCGAUUUUGCCCAACAAAUCGCUUCUUUUCCGAUUCUCAGCCCUCACCUUCAAUGCGCAUUCGAUCCAUCUCGACAGGUCAUACACGCAAGAAGAAGAAGGGUAUCGCAACUUGCUCGUUCAUGGGCCGCUCACGUUGACACUACUGCUGAGUGUUCUUGAACGUCAUUUCAAGGGCCUGGGGCUAGAAGUGAACAGUAUCGAGUACAAAAAUCUUGCGCCGCUCUACGUAGAUGAGGUCCUGACGAUUUGCGCGAAGCUUAAAAGUGGUGAGGUUUGGGAUGUCUGGAUUGAGGGGCCUGAUGGUAGUCUUGCCGUGCGUGCUACGGUCAGGAGUAAGGACAUAAAUUUCACAUGA